CAAAAUAUCUCCCCGCGAGAACUUGACUUAUUAUUUUCUCCAAUUUGGGGGUGCAAAUGAUCAAUUUCCCACCCCGACCGACUCCCGAAAAAUGAAUUCUCCAUCAGUCAAUCAGUUUUCCAGCUGCUCAUGAAUAAAUAUUAACGUCUCCUCAAAGGAGCCACAUGCGGGUUACGCAGAUGCAGUCGUGAUCAGCUGAUGUGUUCAACAGAUUAUUUGAUGAAACGUGUUUGAGGAGCCAAGAAGGACCACAAAUACUGGAGUAAUGGGACGAUCGAUUUAUGCCGAGGAAUGCCUCCUCAAUUAUCUGAUCAGCCUGUCGGAUCUGGACACUUACACUGUCGGCCUCAUCCUCGGACAGAGCACGGAUCAACGCGAUUAUGUUGUUCACUUGGCGAGAACUCCACCACCGGCUCCUAAGGACGUCAUCGAAGAGACCCUCAUCGGUUCGACGACUAAUGUUCAGCAAGAGUCCCCAGUGAAGUCCAUAAAAUCAGUGAAGGAUGUACCGAGCAGUUGGGUUGCAGACCAUGCCAUACACGUUACGAGAAUGUUGCCAGGAGGGAUGUGGGUCCUGGGAAUAUUUGUGGUUGGACCCAGUGACUGUUUCAGUGACAAUGAUUCCACGCAACGAUUGAAGUCCAUUAUUUCUUCCCUUCACAAACAUUUUGAAUCUAAUUCGUAUUUAUACGGGGAUAAUCCGCGGGAGAGCCUCAUUCUCGCAUUCAACAGUUUAACGAAGAAAUUUGUUUGCAAGUCCUUCGAUGUUAAACCGAAUAACUCAAUGAAAAAUGCGGAUUGGAAAUUCCAAGCGAAAAUCACAAAAUGGUAUCAGCUGGAGACCAGAUUGGACUUCGACCAGACGUUCCCCAUUGUCGAUGGACAGGAAUCGGAGACCUUGAAACAGCAGCUGCAGAAAAUCCUCAAGGACGUGGCUGAUGUAGUGAAUUCUUCCCUCGUUAUAAUCGAAGGUGACAGGAGACUGUCCGAUGAAUUAAUCGAAACUAUUGGGAAUCAGAAGAAGGAGAGGAAGGAAUCGAAGAGCAACGAAUCAGAUACCAGUGAUAAAUCACUCCAAGCUGCUAUUUACGUUCCAUGCUCGAAGAAAUCGGAGAAGGAAAUCAGGGAAGUGAACUGCGUUGCCUCGAUAAGAUUGGUGGGGCAGAUUGGCAGCAGAACUUUUGUCCACCAAAAGUCAACUGUUGCUGAGGCAACGGAUGCGAUUAAACAAGAUAUCAUGCGGUCCUUGGCGAGUCGAUUGGAAAUGCAUUGGGAUAGUUUGUUGGAAGAGGAAAAUCAAUUGCCUGAAGAUAACCUCACUCUCCAUGAACCUCCUAGAAGAGUUCUUGUCGCCCUACCCCAGAGUCGCAUAACAUUAUCAGACUACUUGUUCCCUGGCGAAGGUCCCCAAGAGGCUCUCAUAUCCCUCCAAGAGCUCCUGGACCUCGAAGUCCAAGAGAGCAGUGUCCAAAAAGAGCUAGAGUUGCAAGUUGAUCCUUCCGAAUUCUACUGUCAGAACGAGAUGAAGACCGAACCGACUGAACAUGGAAAAUUUGUUGACAACAAUCAGUUUAUGAUGUACGCCUCUGGCCUAGCAGCUACAGUACUGUUCCUCAUAGCUGCCAUUAUCAUCCAUUAUCUUUACUAAUUUAGAUUUCUCAAGGCCCACGAGACCAUGUUUAUCCGUUAUUAAUGGAUUUUUUUAUAAUACGAUAUUAUUAAUGAAAAAUAAAACCACUUCUGGAGGAAAA